AUAUAAAGUACAUAUUAUAUUUGUCGCUAUCCAUAGAAGUUGACUGAAAAGAUAAACAAUGGAGAAUAAAUCGGAAAGCCGAAUUACAUGGAGGAACAAGUUCGAAUUUUACUUCAAUGUCUUCGGGUAUACUAUUGGAUUAGGAAAUAUCUGGAGAUUUACUUAUCUUUGUUUUAAAAAUGGCGGAGGUGCUUUUCUGAUUCCGUACACCAUAGUUGCACUGUUUUGUGGAAUUCCACUCAUUUUUAUGGAAGUGGCAUUGGGGCAGCUGUCAAGACGAGGAUGCAUAGCUGCUUGGAAUUCGGUAGUUCCUAUGAUGAGGGGAAUAGGUUACUCAUCUGUAGCGAUGUCUGGCUACUUCUUGAUUUACAUAGCUUUGACGAUGUCUUGGUGUUUGAUUUAUUUUGUACGAUCUUUCACUCUUUCAACUCUACCCUGGGCGACGUGCGAUAACGACUGGAAUACAGUUGAUUGUGUACUUGUUGGAGAAUCUAAUAUUAAUGAAAACAUUUCAUAUGCAAACACGACAGCUAAUGAACAAAACGUAUCUCGUAUAAACAAGGACCAUUUGUCGACGUUGGAAUUCUGGAACGGCUAUGUUUUACGACGAAGCACUGGAAUUGACGAUUUGGGAAAUUUUACUAAUUGGCCUGUAUUUGGAUGCUUCAUCGCAAGUUGGAUCAUAUGUUAUUUAUGCAUUGUAAGAGGAAUACGUACAUCGGGAAAUGUAGCAUAUUUCACUGUGCUGGCACCUUAUGUUUUGAUGAUUGCACUUUUAAUUAAAGGAGUUACAUUAGAGGGUGCAAGUGAUGGAAUUUUAUACUUUAUUACGCCUGACGUGAGUCGACUCAAGGAUUCCGAGGUGUGGUUAGACGCCGCAAGUCAAGUAAUUUUUUCCCUUGCUUUAUGCUUUGGACCUCUGAUUGGUUUUGGAAGUUACAACAAGCCAAACUUCGACUGUUACAGAUGUGCGUAUAUAUUUGUUGGGGCUUGUUGUGCAAGUUCUUUGGCAUUUGGUUUCACAGUAUUCAGCUUUCUUGGACAUAUGGCAACCAUCUUAAGCUUGGAUAUUAAAGAUGUGGUUGAAGGAGGUCCUGGAUUAGUAUUUGAAGUAUUGCCUACAGAGUUCGCGUUGUUGCCGUUUGGUCAAAUUUGGUCUGCGAUAUUCUUUCUUGCAUUACUUGGACUCGCUAUUGAUGGAUCGUACGCGACAAUAGAAGGAUGUACUACAGCACUGGCGGACUACCUUCCGGAAUAUUUUGAAGGCAAACGUUCUCAUUAUUGGAGAGCUGUAUUUUGUUUUGUGCUCAUGCUUGUUGGACUUCUUCAAUUAUUUGACGGUGGGAUUUAUAUUUUUGAACUAAUAAAUCGUUAUGGUGCCAGUGGAAUUUGCAUCUUAUGGGUUGCAAUUUUUGAAGCGAUCACAAUUGGCUGGAUUUAUGGAAUAGAUCGUUUUUUUGAUGACGUCACUAAGAUGAUUGGAUAUCGUCCACCAAUAUUUAUCAGGCAUUGCAUAAAAUACGUUACUCCGACUUUUUGUAUGGCUAUUUUCAUUGCCAGCUGUGUAAAGUACUCUCCACUGAAAAUGGGAAACUACAUCUAUCCAUGGUGGGCUGAUAUGAUAGGUUGGUUACUGUCGGCAUCUGUGGUUUCUUGCGUACCGAUAAUUGCAAUCAAAGUCUUGUUCUCUUCUGAAGGAACUUUGAGACAGAAAUGGAAAUCUUGCAUCACUCCUAUCCGAAUGCAAGGCGUGGAAGAUGACUGCGAUGAAAAGCAGGACACAGCAACAAUUGCAUGACAGAUACAAAUUGAAAGCAAACGAUGGAUAUCUGACAGAAAAAAGCAUAACACAAAAAAAUUAAUGUGAAACUAAUUCUCAUAAUUAGUUUCACAAAACCUGCCUUUUUAAAAUUUGACCUCUAUACAUAGCUGCAAUAAAAACUAUUCAAAAGAGCAAUUUUACCCAGGCCACACGUGCAAUGUAAAUCUACACCUGAAUAUAUGGUCGCUAAAAAGAACAAUUGACGUAAGACAGGAGAAUAUCCACGUUUUGUGUGUACCUUGAAAUGUUUUUAAAACUAUGAUAUAGGUCUUCUCUAAACUUUAAAUCUAAAUGCCUCGCUGGCAUAAACCGACAAUACAUGAUAAAGGCGAAAUAUUCUCUAUUGGCAAUGUAAAAUUUAAUUAUUGAAAAAAUCAGAAUAUUCAAAUAGCAUAAAUAUUGUGACAGUAUCUAUACUGAGGUAUGUUACAGCCGUCGUUCACGCUUCAUAUAUAUAAUUGGCUUCAUUUUUUCUAAAGCAAAUGGGUGAAAUAGACGUAGAAACCAAUGGUCAGACCUUCCGUAGGUGAUUUAGUUGAACCCCUAUAAUUAACAAUGAUGUAAUUCACAUCGCGCUGCAACAG